AUGUUUUUGGCCAUUUCACGAUUCCUCGGCGUCCCAGAGCCGUCUUCCUCCAUGAGCGCCACGACAAAGACACUCUACCAAACUCCUUUCAACGCGUACAGUGCCAUGAACGAUUUCGAGCUUGGCCCUCCUCCACCGCUCCACAUGACGCCAAAGCUGGUUCGUCAGGUCGCGAUGGAUGUCAAGCUCACAUCAACGUACAGUCUGCCUACGGACCUCUCGGUCAAGUCGAGCCGCACUGCCAAACUCUGCAUUGUUGUGAAUGCCGCAACAAGAAUGGCAUGAACCCAAUUGGACUGUUCAGUGCCUUUUGCGCUGUCUAAUAUGUCCCUAUUUAUUCGCUGUCGUCCCGUAUUAUUUAACCAUCUCAACACGACACUCUUUCGUCUUUGCGCC